GGCUGUUUUCAGAGGAGCACGCAGUGCUCUCUCGUCUCGCGAACCGGGAGAACGGGAGAGAACGGUGCGUCGACCCGCAAAUAAGAGGGUAGUUCUCUCUCGCGCGCGCUCUCCCAACCUCGUGGUAUCCCCAUCGCGCCACGUUUCCCGCCAAGGUGCGCGAGGGUGCCACGGCAAAAUCGCGAAAAUUCGCCGCCGACCAUCCACCAACUUCCCUUUUUAUCCCCCCUCUCUUGCCUCGCCUACGCGGUUCCCCACAAAUCCUCGCGGAAUCUGCACCGGGUACUCGGGGGGAUGAGACGACAGCCGAUUAACGCGUUGGAAUUUAAAACCAGGUGGAAGUUCAAGGGUUAACUCUCGUGGCGAAUUGGCGAACGUGAGCCCGAGAUAUUCGCUUGACGGGGUGGCUUUUACCAGUCAGUUGAGGGGGAAGAAUGAUUAUUGAGAUAUCUUGAUUGAUCGAUCGAGCGGUUUGAGAUGAGAUGGAAGACAGAUAAUGGUUAACGUGAAAGAUUGCAAUGCGAUUCUCGAAGCAAUCUUCAACUUUAGCUCGUAAAGUCUGUCUCGUAAAAGGGAAAGUGUUGGCUGAGGGAUCGGCAUAUUUUCAGACGGGAAUCCCUCAUCUCAGUCGACGCGUUUAGAGACAUUAACGGUCCUUUCGUUUGGUCGAUUAAUUCACCGACGGUGGAGAGAUUAACGCGAGAGCUUUGGUUCAGAUAUACGGCGCUGAUAUCGGUGGGUUCAUCACUGGUCCUCUCUUAUCGUCACAAAGACGAAUAGAUCGUUUCUCCACAGUUACGAGUUUUUGAAAAUUGAUCGUUUUCGAGAUGAUCGUUUGCGAAUCAGUCGAUUGAAUGUAUAAAUCCUUUACGAAACUGUACCGAUAAUUAAUAAUAAUCACCAACGUUUCAUGAGAGCAAUGAAAAAAUAAGUGCUUGUAGGAAAACCUAAAGAACACAUGGUUCAGCGGUAGCGAUGAUCGGGGCCAAUCUGAGGUUCGGCAUCGGCGCUUCCGGAAAUGUCACGACCAACGCCACCAAGGUAUUUCAAUGUCACCCCGGCGGUGUGACCGAGGCUACCGUCAUAUUUAGCCUGGGCGCGUUGGGGAUGGGAGCGAAUAUCAUCCUCAUGGCGCUGAUCCUGGCGAAGCGACAGCUGCGCAGGUGGUCCCAGGGACUGUUAUUCCACCAAGCCAUGGUGGAUUGCGCCAGGGCUGCUAUAUUGCUGCCUCUAGGCUCCAGUAUAUUGAAUUGUCAACCCGUUAACAAGUGCUCCCUGGUCGAGACGGCAUUUCUGUUGCUGGUGACCGUUUCCACGGUAAAUAUGCUAACGACCGUGUUAAAUGACAGCCCGGUAUUUCCGGAGAGUGACGAGGAGGCGGACCUCACUGCACCCUUGCUGAUGGACUCGCCGCAGUGCGUACUUUUUGGUACCUUCAUGAUCUGGUUCGCCAGCAUAACGAUCAAUCUGGGACCCACGUUUCUCAGCGGGGCCUUGGCAGCGAACACGGAGAGCGGCCACAACGCACCUAGUUGCCCUUUGGUGCAUGGGCCUUUCCGCCAUUACAUCCUUAAUGUGCUCUGGAUCGUCAUCAACGUCAUUUGCGUGGCACUCACGCUCUUUCACUUGAGAAAGUUGCACAGGGACCUAACGAAAGCUAAUGUCGAAGCGGUACGAGUAGCUGGCCUCGUUACGACUCUCGUUAAUGUGACAGGCGGACGUCAGAGUGCAACAAAUGCGCUCGCGAGUGAGGACGGUGCAGUUGACACGAGGAACGGUACGACACCAAAAAGAACGGGCGCCAUCGAGGAGCAUCGGAAAAUGAGGAAUUAUCUGCGAAGGAUGGAGCGCGAGGGCGUGCAGAGAGUGAAAAUGUUCCUGGUCAUAACAGCGGCAUACGUCAUAUUCUGGGGACCAUUGUUUUUCGUUACCCUGGUGCACCAUCCCGUCAUAGGCAAUCCUACCGGCUACGAGGUGACUCUGCACAUCGCGUACGUGCACGCCUUCGUAAACCCGGCCCUGUUUCUUGCCCUGCAUCGGGGAUUGAGGCAAGGGAUGUUGGAUGUGUGUUGCGGCUGUUGCGAGAGCUUAGCUCGAUGGAUCCUCGGAUCUACCGCGACAAGUUCUAUACAGAACAUUCAGCCACCCCGAUACGAACCUCCAAUGAACCUUCCCUCGCCGCCGGAUCCACCCUUGGCGGCGCCAACCGUUCCACCGGGGUGCAAUCUUACCGACGUGGCACUCCUGAAACCACCCUUGCCACCGACUGCCAAACAUUUACUGGUGGACGAUUCUAUAACGGCGGCAGUGGAUCCCUGGAGUUUGACUUCAAGACCAAAGAGCACUUCUAGUCUUUACGAAGAGGAACUGUCCAGGAGACCGAGCCUCUUGCUACCGCCACCUACGGAACUGAACGAUCUUCAGAGCCCGACGAGUAGCGACUUGCCCAGCGAAUAAAUGAAUGCGAGACGAUUUUAAGAUAUCAAUUAAUCGUACUGGACAGGAAAACUUCUACAAAGAAAAAGUAUCCAAAAGAUCGAGCUUCCAUCAGCUAUUACCGCUCACUGAACAACAAUAAAGAACGAUUUCCUAAGAAAACGAUGAAUAGUCCAGCGAAUCGAUCUUAAGAAAUUAAUUAAUUAUACUAAAAGUGUUACAUGUCACAUAAUGUUGUUAAUCGAGGAUGUAAAAAUAAUGCACAAUGUCGAAAAUAAAUUUUUCGGAAAAGCAUACGAGAUUCUUUCCUGGAGCAUUAUCAGGCGUUUGUAUGGUUGAUAAAGCCGAAAUCAAAUAAAUCACGUAUUAUAAAUAUUACGUUACAAUUAAGCAUUUUCUAAGCACGAGCGUUAAGAUAUUAUCAACGAAAAUGUCAUGAUUAUCUGCACUUACUGUAAAGUUUUACAAUUGUGCAAUUUUUAACAGCAGAAUAUCAAGUAGUAAAUUUGAGAUUAAAUUCCAUUGUAAAUUCGAUUCAACUCAAAUUAAAUCGUAAAUUUGACUUUUAUAAAUAAAAUAAUUUGUUUCAUGUAAAAGAACAAAAUUAGCUAUUGAUAAAAUUAAUCGCAAAGUUAAUGUAUCUUAAAUCUUGUUAAAAAUUGUCAUUAUUGAAAAAUUGAGUGCACGUUUAUUCGCACGUAUAACAGACUUAAAGAUUGACAGACUGACUUUUUUCACGAAAUUAUAAUAUCUAUCGCCAAUUCAUGCAAUUAUCACGUCCAAGAUCGUCAGUCGAAAUAAUUGCUGUCAAAUCACUGUCAGAAAUCAUUCUCAUAUUGUCGUUUUGUCAUUAAAAUACGUGUAAUUUCAUAUCUUACAUUCGUGACUCAUAAAUUCAUGCAAUUAUUCAUUCCAGAUUUGAUUUCUGACACAAGUCAGAAUAGAGUUUCCUGUGAAAAUUACGCUGUGAAAAUAUUAUUAAAUCUACUCGGAACGAUUGCGACGAAGUCAAAAGGAGAAAAACAGAUUAUUGUUCACUGGGCAUCAUCUGAAUGUAUCUGUGAUUGCUUAUAAACGUCCUAGUCUUUAUCAUUGUGUGGUGUUACUGAUAGAUUCUUACAGGAGAUAUAUACACUAUGUAUAUUUAGCGUAUAGUAUAGAUAUAGCGAUACAUGAUAUUUUAGAGACAUUAAAUAAUUAUGUAAUCUACAUGCACGAUCUGCUUUUUCAGUUAGACUUUCUCUAAACACGAAAUGAGAGUAAAAAUAUCGAAUGAAGGCGUAGAAAGUGUAACUAAAAAAGAAAGAUGUCUUUUUUUUUAUUUAUUUAGAUCGACUUAUAGGUGCACUUACUACAUGUAUAUAAUGAGACCGAAUGCGCAAUCCUGCCGCACUUAAGUCCUAUGUAAAGUAGCACUAUCGCGUGAGCUUCUUUAUCUGGGGACUCAAUCUUCUAGGAACGAGAAUACUAUAUAUACUGAAUUACACAUAUAUUUUCUACGCGAGAUUUUAGAGAUUACACCUGUUACAACCGUACAACGUGUCAGCGUUCCGCCAAUUUAUAACACUUUUGUUUGAAUUUUUGAGAGAAGAAACAGACAAAUCAAUUAUUCAUUCUGCAAAUUCAAAACUAGAAGUAGUCAUACAGCCAAUGUAGGUGUAAAUGUGGGCAACUUUCCUAAUUUUUAUUAAAUUUUUUUCCGAGCAUUCUUGAUAUCAUAUUUGAGCUUUGUAAUUUAUUUAUAAAUCCGAUCCAAAAUAACGUUGAUUAAAAUUGCUGUAAUCUUUAUCGAAAUUAUUAAAAAUUAUAUGCGCUACUGGCAUAAUUGAAAACGUAUUAAAACAUAUUAUGUAUUACAGGAUAUUAAAAGUGUUAGUGUGUAGAGGCUAUUUCUUACUGUAUAGCGAGAAGCAUAUCAAUGUAAAGUGUCACGUGAAAACGAGUAUGCAGCGUAUAACAUUAUGUGCCGAAUGUCGAUGUUUAUUAAAAUUACGUGAGACUAAUAUUAUUCAUCCCAUCCUUAUUUUCCUCAUUGGCCGGUGAUGCGUUAAAAGCAGCGCGCGAGGAGCGCUGCUUGGAUACAAGUCAAUUAAUUGUAAUUACUACGAGGUUUUCUCUUUAGGUAUAUCGUGUGUAAUAAAUGUUUAAUGUAAGUUAAUGUAAAGUACGCGCGCACAAGAAAGUACCCGCGAACGAAACCGAAAUUUUUUAUUGUAAUUUUAUAAGUACAACCUCGAGAAUGAAAGUGGCCUAUGUCAAUGAAUGGCAAGAUGUAUCAGAGUCCAAACUUUUGGUGCUGUCUCGAUUAUUUGUCUGGAUAUAUUGUACAAUCUAUUUUUGCAAUGUUAUCUUGCUUCAUUUUAAAAUUGUUCCUUUUCUUCUACAACGAAACGUUUGCGAAAUCACGCAUACAGCAUAUGCAUUUGAAAUUUUAUAGCGCAUUUAUCUUAGAAUAAGAUUUACCUAUGAACUCAAUUUUACUUAUUUUUAAGUUUUAAUAGCGAGUAUUUUGAAAUUGUCAUUAAAAUCGAUGUUAGUGAAAUAUUUCUUGCAAAACAAAAGCCAAAGCACUUGAGCAAAUUAUUCUAAAUGAUCACGUCAGGGGAAAGUAUCGUUAAGAACAGUUCUCUAAGCGAACGGUGCCUGAGAAACCGAUACAUCGCUGCGAGUCCGCAGCAGCGUAUACAAAACGAUGUAGCAAACUAUACAAAUAUUGUAAAUCUAUAAUUGUCCUUACUAAAGAAAGAGAGAGCAUGCAUUAUAUUUGAAUGCACAUAAAACCCUGCUCAGAUAUUUGAAAUAAAAAUAUAUGUAAUAUAUAUGUAUAAUCA